AUGCAGCAGGCUUUGCUGGUCCAGCCUAAGCAACAGGCGCCGUUACGAUAUCCCAUAUUCUGGACUAUCUGCAACCUUGUGAACAACAUCGUGGGUGCUGGCUUCCUAGCUCUUCCAUGGUGCUUGAAAGAGCUGAAGGAAGGGACCGAAACUGACCACCCUGCAGUGGUUUUCCUCAUUUUGCUUGUGCUCGUCGGCCUUCUGCAUGGCGUCUCGUUUUGGCUGCAUGGACGCGCAUGUGAGCAUGUUCGCAAUGUCGGCCCGCAAAGAGGGGAUGCCACGUACUUGGGGGUUAUGACUCAAACAAUUGGACAGCCAUGGGAUGUGAUUGCUGGUGUGGUCUAUCUGUUGUACCCUAUGUUCACGUGCAUGUCCUACGUCAAGUUAACCCAUGACAGCUUGCUCGGGCAAGAUGGGAUAGCUUGCCGCUUCAAGACUCAGGCUCAAUCAUUGCUACCUCACUGGAUGGUAGACUGGAUGGAGGAAUGCGGGAUAUAUGUAUCAAUGGCAGCAGCACUCAUCCUGCUUGUCAUCUAUCGUCAUAACGACCCACUCUUCCGUGCCGAGCUUGGGCUACGUGGUGUAUUCUUCUGGAUUCUGGUGGCACUUGUCUUCGUGCUCUGGUUCGCACUGCCAGACCCACACAACCCCACCGAAUCGGAAGAACAUCCAGCAGAUUGCCUGGCAAUGGCAAAAAGCUGGCGCUCGAGCUGGCGCUGGGGAGUGCUUGCAGUUAUCUUCUUGUACCUGCCCUUGUCCUGCCAACUGCAGCUGAUGCCUCUCGGCGUACUGUCCAUGCUGGCAGUGCUCGUGGGCAUUCUGUCCGUCCUCCUUGCCCUAGAACCGAACGACGACCCGAACAGGCAACUGCAGGAGAGCACCACCAAUCUCGUAACAAGGCGUUCCGCACAUCCUCCUGUCCCGGCUUCCACGGAACAAAGCACUUUCCAAGUUUAUGUCAAGGUCUGGUCCAUCCUGCUAGUAUCCUUCACUGCGCACUAUAAUGCGCCGAAGUAUUAUGGCGAGCUAGGUUCCGGAAAUCAGCUGCAGAACUUCCGCCGUGCCGUAUGCGUGUCCUACAUUGUCGUGUCGUUGGCGUAUCUUGGGUGUGGCACCAUGGGUUACCAGAUGUACGGCUCAGACACUCAGCAGGACCUCCUCAACAAUCUUUCCGGAUCAAGGAAGGCACCACUUACUCACGGCUUCUACCUACUCAUUCUCUGGGCCGACUUUCCAAAGGUGAUUAUUGGCAUGCGCCAGCUUUGUGGAAGUCUUUGCCGCCGCUGUCUGGAUCGGCAACUUACCGAUCAAUUCGAGCUUCUGCUGUUAAUCCUUGCUUCAUUGGGAUGGUUCCUGCCCCUCGCAGACAUUCUGGCAGUCAAGGGAGCCUUGUUCGGAUCGCUCAUGGUUUAUGUCAUCCCUGCAUGUAUCCUUUUGAGAGGCAAGAUCAGUCCUCAGCCCAGCAGAUGGGAGGUCGGUAUAUCCUGGAUUAUGAUCUUUGCGGGGCUUCUCCUCUUUCUGACCCAGGUGAAGGAGAUGACAUUUGAGCUGGCUCAGUGGGUUACCAGCGGCAGCCACAACAACACGAAGGCUUUGUUCCAAUAG